AUGCGGUUACCACCAGUGCUUCGGAACCGCGAUGUCGUGCUUCUCUUAACUGCACUGCUAGAGCAAUGUCAUGGUGAUUUUGAUACGUUCUUGGACACCCUCGAAGUCUUGAUUGGAGUUAACGUACUGCGCCUGCGAGCGCCGCGCCCCCUAAUCAACUACAACAACAACUUCGACCGGCACAUGGAUGCUGCCACCGCCCGCACCAAGUUUCGAUUUUCGAUCGACCAACUUGCCGUUCUAUGUGUAAAGCUGCGACUGCCAGAGUUCACGGUCACGCCAUGGCACGACAAGGUCGACACAGUUGAAGCAGUUGCCAUCGUAUGCCGACGGAUGGCAGAGACUUGUCGAUUGUACACAAUCGCAUCUGAAUUUGGACGAUCGUUGGAGGCCUGCAGUCGAAUCAUCAAUGCUGUGGUGAACGCAAUCUAUCGAAAGUGGCACGAUGUGAUGUACUUCCAUGAGCGUCUGACCGCACUGCGUGCAGAUUCGUACGCUGAAGCCAUUGAAACCAAGAGCGGCCUCCGCGGAAUGAAGACAUGCAUUGCCUUCAUUGAUGGUACCAAGCAGUUUAUCAGCCGCCCAACUCCACGACCCACGGCAUCGGAGCCCGAGAACCUCCAGCGCGUGUUUCCGUCCCCGACGGCAUCAUCGUCGGCAUGUACGGGCCCGUUGAAGGCCGACGCCACGACUCGACGAUGCUUUCAAUGA